UUUCGCGUCGCAGUUUAUAUGUAACGGUAAUGUAAAACUCUGUCGUUGUUAUUCUCAUGGUUUCUUUUAGUGGCGGGUCAUUAUAAAAUGUUUCCAGAAAGAGGAAGCUUGACUUUUCUCACUUGGGUUUUGAUCGUGACGCUGACAUGUGAAGCGAGAGGUCCUCCAUGGGUGAGUCGCCAGGUAGAGGACAGACAGACAGCAAAACUGGGCCGCACGAUUCGGCUACCAUGCCCGGUGGAGGGUGACCCCCCUCCACUGGUCCUGUGGGUGAAGGAUGGGCGGAACGUGAAUCCGGGCUGGAGCCGCUACAAGGUUCUAAAGAAGAGUCUGAAGAUCAAAGAAGUGGAACUGGAGGAUGCCGGCAUGUACAUCUGCCGCGUCACCAAUGGAUUUGGCAGCCUCGCCCUCAACUUCACACUCAUUGUAAUUGAUGAUGCAGCUGUGACUCAGAACCAGCCUCCACCAGACGCAGCAGAACCUAACACAGAUCUCACCCUGCCGGACCCCACCAGAGAGCCAUGGGUGAAGCCACACUUCACACAGCUCACAAAGAUGCGCAGGCGUGUGCUAGAGCAGCCUGUUGGCAGCUCGGUGCGUCUCAAAUGUCUGGCCAGUGGCAAUCCAACACCAGUCAUUUCAUGGUGGAAAGACCAGAGCCAGCUGCCCAGCUCUCACAAGAGUAAACGCCCAGAGUGGACACUGACUCUGAAGAACCUGCAGCCUCAGGACAGUGCCAAAUACACCUGUCUAGUCUCCAAUGCAGCUGGCCUUAUCAAUGCCACAUACAAAGUGGAUGUAAUUGAGCGUACCAACUCCAAACCCAUUCUGACAGGUACCCAUCCUGUCAACACAACUGUGGAGUUCGGUGGAACAGCUUCCUUUCAGUGUAAGGUCCACAGUGAUGUGAAGCCAGUAAUACAGUGGCUGAAGCAAGUUGACCAAGGCACAGAGGGGCGCUAUAACUCCACACUGGAGAUAGGAGGCCAGCACUUUGUGGUUCUGCCCACUGGGGAUGCAUGGUCCAGACCUGACGGUUCGUACCUCAACAAGCUGGCCAUCAUCAAGGCACGUGACGAGGAUGCUGGAAUGUACAUCUGUCUGGGGGCUAAUACCAUGGGCUACAACUAUCGCAUUGCCUACCUCACUGUUCUCUCAGAUCCCAAGUUGGAUAAGGACAUCAUUCUCCGCCACAUCAGCCCUGGUCUUCCCUGGCCGCUGAUCAUUGGGAUCCCUGCUGCUGCUCUGCUCAUGGUAGGAGCCAUCGUGCUCUGGUUGUGCCACAGCCGCAGACGCCAGAGUCGUUUGCCUCCCCGACCGACAACCUAUCGAGAGCACCACAUAUCAGACAAGGAGCCCAGCUCCACCAACAGCACCAACCCUGACCUGUCCAACCAGAGACUAAUGGGAAUGGGGCGCCCAGCUCUCAGCGGUCCACCAAAGAUUUAUACCAAGGUCUACACAGACAUGCACACUCACACCCACACACACUCCCAUGCACACAUGGAGGGAAAAGUACACCAACAUUUCCAUUACCAGUGUUAACAGGUGACCAUCAGGUUACCGAUGCUGCUGCCUCAUUUCUCAUGAGUUAAGGGCCACUGCUCGGGGACCACAAGCGUACUGUUCUGAUGGAGCCUAUUUACCUUGAAAUGUCUCAGGUCAAGGACUGUCUCACACUCCGUAGAGCUCCAGUGGACCUCAGUUUCCCUUUAGGUUCUUCUGAGUUCAAACUUAAGUAACACUGAAUAAAGGCAACCCAAGCAAGUGCUUACAGUCCAAGAACAAUACUUGGACCUUUUUUUCUAUUCAAAAGCCAAGCAUUACACAGGAAGUAGAGCAGAGAUAUUUUAUGUUUGGAGAAACUGUGAUGAUAUGUGUUGAUGUGUUCUGAACAGUAAUGUCAGGAAAUUAGCAAAGAUGUGGUGUUUUCUUUUUCUUGUUUUUGUUUUGCAACAUUAUAUUGUAAAGAAAUGAUGCAAGGAAAUGUCAGGGAAAAUAGAUGGAUGACUAAAUGGAAAGGGGGUAAGGGCUUCUGUUGUGUUACCAUUAAAAGGUGCUUUGUGUGUAUGUAUGUAUGUAUGUAUUCAGCUCAGCUUUCUGAUGAUUGCAGUAUUUUGUAACAUUAUCAAUGUCAAUGCAGUCUCACUGUUUGCUAAUUACAGUCGAAGAAAGUAUCUUAUUUCAAACACAUUGUGUAUCAUUUCAAAUUACAGAUGAGCUGUAAACAUGGCAUUUUUGUUGGAUGAUAAUAUAUUUUAAGACUCAACAAAAGCUAGUCAGCAGGUCUUUAGAAACCUCCUGUGAGCCGAUAUAUAAAUCUCAUUAAAAUCUAUAAAUGUGACGACAUGUUUAUCUGAGAUACUGCAUGCUGCGAUUUGUACUUUGGUGCUCAUGUAAGUGUAUAUUAAUAACAUUUUUGUAAGAAA